CAAUAGUUUUAAAGAAAUUUCUAUUCAGAGAUAAAGAAAAUUUCUGCCUUUAAAAUAAAUCAAAUAACAUUAAAUAUAAAAUUGCAAUAAUUGUAUUUAAUACAGUGAAGUGAAUAAAUUUCAUAAUUAAAAUAACAUAAUAUAUUGACUGCAUGGAAUUAACAACGAUUACGAAACGAAAAUUCUGGCUAGUAGUCAAUAAUCAGGGGGAGGAAACAGUGAAAAAAGCAUACCAAAACUUAAGUGUGAAAUAAAAUAGCUACAUGCUUAAAUAACAAACUACUAUAUGUAUUGAAGUAAUAAUAAAAGGAUUUUCAAAAAAAAAAACAGUGGGAAGAAUAUAGGAAAUGUGAUAAACAGCUGUGGCUAACAAGCGGUACAACGUGACUUUUCACAUAAAAAUGCAUUUUACUUAUAACGUUAAAAUAUGAAGUGCACAUGUGUAGGAAAAUGUACGACGAAUCGUGUGCAGGUUUAAAUAUAACAAAAGUUCCAUACCCGAAUACUUGAGGUAAAAGAGAAGAAGCAACAAUUUCAUUGUCUUAUUUCAUUUAAAUUCUUGCUGUUCGACACUUUAAUAUUAUAAACUGCACUAUGGUUACUGCUUCACAUUAUAGCACGGAAACUGUAUUCGAUUAUACCUGGAAACAAGUUGUACAAGCCUAUUGGAAUCGUUAUCCCAAUCCUUCCAGUGCUCAUGUAUUAACUGAGGAUACAAUUUCACGAGAAGUACGUGAUGGAAAAUUAUAUUCGCGUCGUAUUUUAUCCAAAACAAAUCAUGUACCCAAAUGGGGUGAACGUUUUUAUAAAAAUACUCCCGUCAAAAUUAUCGAAGAUUCUGUUUUAGAUCCCAAGAAAAAAACGUUGAUAACAUUUACGCGUAAUAUUGGUUUUAAGAAAAUUAUGAAAGUCGAUGAAAUUGUCGAGUAUAAAGAACAAAACGAUGGUCGUACAAUAGCUGUAAGACGUGCGUACAUUAGUUCACAAGUCUUUGGCUUUUCCAGAGCUAUUCGUGCUUUUGGCAUAGAACGUUUCAAGUCAAAUUGUCAAAAAACUGCCAAUGGUUUUAAUUAUGUUCUAACUAGAAUGUUUCCCAAUCAUAAAUACAUACCCCUUAAUAGAACUACAACAACAGAAGCUAUCAAGGAUACAAAUAUUAUAAAAUCAACAAAUGCUACAGCCACUACAAACUAUGAACAUCAUCAUACACAUUCACAAAGUAAAACUGAAACAUUUAAAAAAGGUUGCAAAAAUAGUUAUGAAUACUUAAAGAAUCAAGCUGUUAAAAUAGCUCAAGUGUUUUCAGUUAAAAAUUGAAACUUUGAAGUGAUAUAAACAAAAAUCUAACACCAUCAUGAUCCUUAACACCAAAUUGGGCUAUAACAUAAAGCCAAGUUUAUACAUAUGGAAUUUUGUUUUUUAGAAAAAAGGAAAUAGGUGGAGUAUACAAUUCAUAGAUGAGAUGUUGAUCCGUUACAAGGAUGCCAAACAUCUGCAAAUAAUCGUCAUUCUAUAUUAGUAGUAUGUAGUGGUAAUUGUUUAAGCAUAAGUUUAUAUCUAUACUAAGUACAUAACUACUAAAAUUAAGGACGUAUGAAGAAUAGCCUCAUGAUGGGCAAAGUGAACUACUAAACUAAAAAAAAAAAGAUUCUUUAAUAUAGUGUUUACUUUGCCCUUAAUGCAAAGCUAUUUUAAAACAGCCAACAGGUUAAAACUGCCUCUCAUAAUAUGAUUGCAGUUUGUUCGCCAUAAUUCCACAAGUACCAUUAAUUAUAGUGC